AUGAAGUCCAUCUGCGCCGUAGCUGCAUUUGCAGCGGUGGUCUCGGGAGAAUGCUACUCACAUUCAACCACCUGCUGCUUGAAUCUGAGCAAGACGGAUGGGUUGGCUGGCAAGGUCUACUUCCCCAAUUCGACCGACUACACGGAGCGCAUGGGCUCGUACUGGUCCAUCAGCGCGGCCCUGAACCCGUGGUGUGUUGCGCAGCCGUCGACUGCCGAGGACGUCUCCGCCAUCAUCAAGACUCUCGUCGCCUCCAACUGCACCUUUGGCGUGCGUGGCGGUGGCCAUGGCUCCUUUGCCGGGUCUAACAGUGUCGAGGACGGCGUCACCAUCGACUUCGGCAACAUGAACGGCACGACCUACAACACGGAGACCAAGCUCGCCUCGAUCCAGCCCGGCGGUCACUGGCAGACCGUGUACGACACCCUCGCCCCCCACGGCGUUGUCGUCACUGGUGGUCGCGCCGGUACUGUCGGCACCGGCGGCUUCAUCACCGGCGGCGGCAACUCCUUCCACUCGGCCUCCCACGGCUUCGCGUGCGAUACUGUCGCCAAUUUCGAGGUUGUCCUCGCCGACGGGUCCAUCGUCAACGCCAACGCCACCUCGAACCCGGACCUGUGGCAGGGUCUGAAGGGCAGCGGCGCCAACCUCGGCCUCGUCACCCGCUUCGACAUGUACGCCAUCGAGUUCCCCGACCCGUCCAAGCCCGUCGUCUGGGGCGGCAACCUCAUCUACGACCUGGAGUCCGGGCCCCAGGUUAUCGACGCCCUGGUCGACUUCACCGACAACGUCCACAAGGACGAGAACAGCUCCUCCAUCGUCUACUGGGCGUACAUCCCCGCCAUCGGCGGCAUGAUUCUCAACGCCGCCAUCGAGAACACCCUGGCCGAGGUCGCCCCUCCCGUCUUUGACGGGUACUACGCCGCGGGCAACAUCACCCAGGACACCACCAAGGUCGACCUCAUGUCCGUCGUCGCCAACGAGCUCGGCUCCGGCCAGCCUUCGGGCUUCCGGAACGCGUGGUUCACCCUCGCCUUCGCCAACGACGCACGCGUCAUGAACUACGCCGUCGAAAAGUUCUAUACCCUGAACGCGGACCUGGAGAAGGCCGUCGGCGCCGACUCCGGCUUCAACACCCUCUGCAUGUUCCAGCCCAUUACCAAGUCCAUCGUCGACAAGGGCGUCGCCAACGGCGGAAACAGCCUCGGUCUGGAGCAGUACAUCGCCAACGGCAACGGCAUCAUGUUCCUCAUCACGCUCGCCGUCAACGGAGCCGAUAACGAGACGAUUGCCUUCCCCUAUGUCCAAGCCUACACCGAGGACGUCGAGGCCUAUGCGGCGUCCCUGGACCUGGGAUGGGGAUGGAAGUUCCUCAACUACGCCCACAAGGUGCAGGACGUCAUCGCGUCGUACGGCGAAGCCUCCGUCGAGAAGCUGAGGGCUGCGUCCGCCAAGUAUGACCCUUCUGGGGUGUUCCAAAAUCUUCGCCACUCGGGCUUCAAGAUUCCUGUUUAG